AUGGAUCUUUUACCCACCUUGUAUUCAAAUCGUUUAGCCUAUGGUAGUAGCAGUAAUUCUAUUAUUGGUACAAGUAUCACUACUAAUAAUAAUGGUAAUUCAGUAGUCAAUAUAAGUGGCAACAACGGCAACACAGAAGUUAAUCUUCUCCACGGAAGAGAUCCUAACGGCGUGGACGACAAUUUACCCAUGGAAUAUCAUCGUGGAAUAUACAAUUUAAACUAUUCACAUCAUCUCUCUAACAAUACUGGAGAUAAUAACAAUACCAAUAGUAAUAAUACUGAUUGUAACCAAAGCCAACAUCAAUAUCAUCACCAACAUGGCAGUCAUCCGCUGAAACUUCCACGACGACAUUUAUCUGCUAUCCCUAAUCCAAUGUACUACUAUCUUCAUUUAUUCUACAGGAAUCGUGUAGAGACACGACGUAGUCGUAUAGCUAAAACACUGAGGGAGAUAGUUCAAAUAGCUCAAGAAAUUCUUCAUGAAGUUGAAUUACAAGAACCACGUUUCAUCAGUACCCUGAAAGUGAUCAAUACCAGUAAUCCUAAUCAUCAAGCUUUGGAUCAAAAACAACCGAAUCAUGAUCCUGAUCAUGAGGAUAUUAUUGAAAGUACUAGUGAUACUUGUACUUCUACUAACACUAAUACUACUAACAAGAUGAAUAUGAGUAGUGUAAAUAAUAGUAAUACUUCACAAAAUGGAAUUUAUUAUGAUGGUUUACGUGUAUUAUCUUCGAAUAAAUUUGAAAUUACACUAUUUUUAAAUCAAAUGGGUGUCUUUAACUUUAUGGAUGAUGGAAGUGUCCCGGGGGGAGCUGUCCUCAAAUUAUCUGAUGGUCGUAAACGUUCCAUGUCAUUAUGGGUUGAAUUUAUCACAGCGUCUGGUUAUCUGUCAGCGCGUAAAAUUCGUGCACGUUUCUAUAGUCUUGUUCAACAAGCUCUGCAGAAAUCAAGUUAUCGUGGGGUGGUACGUAUGCUGGGACAGACAAGUGAAGUUAAAUUGUGUAUACGGGAUAAGUAUAUUUUACAAAUUACUCCAGGAUUUCGUUGUAAUGGUCUCUGGCCGAGAUCAGCUGGCCAUUGGCCAAUGACAACAGUGAGCUCGAGUGGUAAUCAGUUUGGUUAUACAACAGAUUCUAUGAUCAACACCGCCACCACGAGCACCACCCCCACCUCACUGACUACGCCUAAAUGGCCAUCCAGUCAAUUGGUUAAUGAAGUGAAACGUGAAGGUUUCUGUCUGUUAAGUCAAGAAUCUGUAUAUACCAAAGAUAAACAAGCUUCCGCUGAAGGUGAUGCCUGGUUGCUAGACUUCUACGACGCUGAGGAAAGACUGCUACUUAGUCAUAAUAUACGUAGACAAUGUUUUAGUAUUUUAAAAACUCUAGCGGAUCAAUAUUUAACAGGUGUAAAUACUACUACUACCGCGGCGGCCACACCAACAUCCUCAUCCCCAUCCCCAUCAUCCUCAUCGACAAUAUCGCCUCAUCAAAGUCCUCCUGUGAUUCAAGAAUAUGAUAUUAAAACCCUUGUCCUGCAUGAAUGUGAGAAACACCCCCGAGAUGAAGAUUGGACUGAAUACACUCUGGGGGAUCGUAUUAACGGUAUCCUGUUACAGUUAAUUUCAUGUUUACAGCAUCGUCGAUGUCCGCAUUAUUUUCUACCACAGUUGGAUAUAUUUCGUGGUUAUUCAGUGAAUGGUAUGGAUAUUACAGCGAAGCAAACAUGGGGAUUAUUAAGAAAAUUAUUGACUUGUCCACAAGCCCUUGAACAUCUUUAACAGUGAUAGUAAUAAUUGUAAAUUAACCGCCAUUAAAAAUUGAUCAUUGGACAUUGAAUGUGAUUGAAUAUUUGAGUAAUGCACUGCCUGUUGAACACAAUAUAUAUGCGA